AUGUCGUCCUCCAACCACCAGUCGACUUCUCGACAUCGCAAUGCCUCCAUGAGUUCUGCAGGGCGGUCUUCGAGAAAGGCCAAGGUCGCCUCCGAGCCCAAGAACUUUACCUCACCGACCGCCCUAAUGAGGUACUUCGAGCCAACGUCGGCCACGGCCUCAAUGCUGCUAUAUGGGCAGGGCAACUCUGUUGUCGUUGCGCAUCAUGACAGCUUGACGAUCGAAAGACGCUUCUCCCGCCAUUCCGCCGAAGUACAAUUACUAGCCGUGGACACGCAGAGCGAGAUAGGUGCUGGAAGGCUGGUUGUCAGUUACGAUGUGGACAUGACCGCCAUUGUCUGGGAUUUGAUGACAGGUGACGAAGUUGCUCGAUUCGCUUCGUACGAAAACCUCACAUGUGCUGCUUGGAUGCGGAACGGAAACGUCGCAUUUGGCAACACUCAAGGAAACGUGAUCCUCUUCGAGCCUACGACUUCCGAGCAUAUAUCCGCACGAACAAUCGACCAAAUCGCCAUAACGGCACUUGCUCCUGCGGCUGAUUGCAGGACAUUUGCCAUUGGAUACCAAAAUGGCUCGCUUCUUAUUGCCACGCUUCAGCCGAGGUUUACAAUUUUACACAAUCUCAGCACUUCGAGGGCACCGUCGCCAAUCGUGAACCUCGCCUGGCAUGCGUCGUCCGCCCGUCAAAAGUCGGACAUGUUGGCCGUACAGACCAAUGACGGCGACCUGAGGGUGUGGAGUGUGGCGAAGUCGUUCAACAGCGACGACCCGGCCAAGGUAGUACGAAUUCUCAAGCGGACUGAUAACUAUCAGAACGGUCCCAACUGGAUGGGUUGGUCAAAGAACGGCCGCAUAAUCCAGUAUUCUGAUGGCGAGACACUUUCAUGGGAUGUUCGGACAAAGCAUGUCACCUAUGACAGCAUACCGACUCUUGAGCACGUUCGUGGCUUGGCUGUGUACGGGCCGGGGGCGACCCUCUUCACUCUCGGUGCCAACAACACCGUCCAGCAGUUCGACCUCAACACACCAUCGAUGAUGGUCGCUAACGUCCAACACCCUGCGAAUCUGUUGCCGCCGUCUCCACCCGUCUCGAUUGAGGAGCAGCCAGAACAGGGUAUAGUUAUAAUAGGCACCGAAUCGGACUCCUCAAUACCGAUUAAUGCAGAGAUAUCAGAGAGCGAUGAUGACCAUCUUUCGCCCCUGGCGAGGAUUGUGCGUGGGACUGACGCACCCUCGGACUCGAUUGACCAAGACAGAUACAUGUCUGCUAGUCCGGUGUCUAGCAAGAGCUCGACAAUAUCGAAGUCUUCCGGUGGUUCUGGCACUCGAGGCCGAUAUCAGCCUUCAGUCCAGUCACGUGGUGGCAUGACUGAGAAUACCUACAUUUCCGCUGGGUCCUCCCUGAGAUCCUCAGCCAUGCCACCACCAUUUGGGGACAAGGAUGCGUACUCUAUCAGCAGUGUCAGCUCCGCUUCUAUGACCUCUUCGUCGCGGUCUCGCCAUCGACCAUCGCGGUUGCGGAACGAAGUGCUGCCUAGUCCCGAGGAGUCCAAGGUUCAUGACUUGUUCAAGUUCACGCGGAGCCGUCUCCAUGACAUCCCUUACAAGCGGGCUCCUAUGAUGGACCAAUCGCGCAUGACCAACGAAGACCUUCGCCGGCAGAUGCUAAGUACCAUCUUCGGUUGGAAUAGAGGGGUACAAGACCUUGUCCGAGACGAGAUGGCGCGUCAUCCCAAUGGCUCACCAAGCCGCAUUUUGCUUGCCAAGUGGCUCGGAGACAUCGACGCCGACGUAAUGACCGCAACGUCAGAGAACAUGACUUCAUCAGACUGGAUGUUACUCGCCCUCAGCGGCAUAGGUGGCCAGGCCUCGCAACAUAAGCUUGGUCGCGCUUAUGUCCAGCGUCUCCUCGAGAACGGUGACGUACACGCAGCAGCAACUAUCAUGAUAGGGAUGGGUGACCACAACGACGCAAUUGAGAUCUAUGUCUCGCACAGGAAAUACUUGGAGGCUCUUAUUUUACUCUGCCUUAACUUUCCCAAUGUCUGGGAGCGUCAAGCUCAGAUCAUCAAGAAGUGGGGAGAGUUCGCUGUUCAGCAUGGCCAACAAGGAUUAGCCAUCCGAUGUUUUGCUUGCACUGGCAUAGAAUCCUCUGAGCCGUGGACCUCGCCGUCUGCGGCACAAGUCACUUUCCAAAGCCUGAACCAGACGAUUCCCAAGAUUCUUAGCCCGCCACUGUCUCCUCCUGGAUUGAAUCUUGGACCCCAACGCAGCAUUGCAAAAACUUCAGCUCUCAAGCUCAUCACCUCUUUUGGUGAACAAGGAAAGAAGUCGAAGUUUUUUGCCGCUGGUGAUGGAGGGCAGACCCCUAUUGCCGCCGGUGUGACGCCAAUAGCUGAGUCGGCUGUUUCUCCUGGGGGCCGCGAUCCAAACACCGCUUUCCUUUGUCCCUCUCAACGCAGCGCAUACAACACGCCGUCCUCUGCAAAGCCGGUCACACCUGGUGGCUUUGGACGACCACGCCUGCCUUCCAUUGGAGAGAUCCCCAGUGGUGGGCUUCCGCGUGACCUCCUCAAGGGAGGAGAUUCAUUAACGCCUUCCACUGACGCUGUACCUGGCAUGGAGCGGAGGCAUCGUGCCCAUCACUCGCGUAAAGCCUCUGAUGAGCAAUAUAAUGCCGGCAUGUCUCUUCCAAGAGCAUCUACAGCGAGCCCAAUGAUGAUGAGAGACAGCCACCGCCGCAAGGAACCCCCGCCGCCAUCCCCAUCGCCGGAGUCAUUCCAGGCCCUGUUGUACCAAGGUCGCACCAGUCGAAAUGGUGCACGGGAGAGGAAGCCAGAAGGGAUGGAGCUGAAGCUAAACUCGCUCGACGCUGCAAUGAACAGUGAUGUGACAUCCCCAGAGCAGUCUGUGGCGUCAUCAGCACGGUUCCACUGGCCAACUCGCCGUCGCGGACCGGGAUCGGUAGCCAGCUCGGCCACGUCGAACUCAAGUGCAGGACGCAGCCACCGAAACAAUCAGACAGGUAGAAACCUUACUGAUUACAUCCACAGUCUGGAAACCGCGCAACACUACUCGAAGAAGCAGCGUAGUCGUGAGAGUAGUCGGCAACGCCAGGAUGAUGGACAAGGACGAAGCCGCGACAGCAGCCGAAGCCGUAAAGGCAUGGCCCGCGAGAGCUCCGAAGACAGAGGCCGCGGUGUAUCCCGGAACUGGACGCCGAAACCGGCCAAACGUUCCCCGACUUCACCAAUUCCUAUGUCGCCGGAAGACCUCAUCUACCUCAGCACCCCGAGGCAGAUGGACGCUAAACUCAACGACGAGCAUGUGGUGCCUAUCAACCUUGACUCAAACGAGCCAUCCACUGUCCGCAAAUCCAGCCAGAUUCGGCGGUCCUCGCCCAGAAGUACUCGUAUGUCGAGCCGGCCUUCGAGUCGUGGCAGUCGACAAAGAAGUCGAGAUCGACGACCACCCGCGCUCGAACUCCGUGGUCGAAGCCAGAGUCGUGGCGACGGUUCUACAGUGAGAUCGCCUUCAUCACCGUUGCCAAUGUCAGCGCAGGCGAAAUUCUAUGGUUCGGAUGAUGAGGCAGACCUGCAGGCUGCCCUCGAGGCACAGGAGCUGUUCAGAAACAGACAUAACCGCAGCGGCAGCCAAAAGGAUCCCUCUUCACCUGUUGUUUAUCGAUCACGGGAUCGGUCGGAAAGCCGUCGUAGAAGAAACAAGACGCCAGCGGACCAAGAGCCACCGCUACCAGCUCAAACGCUCGAACAAUCGCGCGCCUAUGCUACCCCUGCUGAUGAUAUGAAGCAUAUUAUGACAGAGAGACAGCUCAAGAAGGAAGCGGCAGCUCGUGAGCUCGAAGAACGGCGCAAGUCUCUGGCCCGUCGUCCUUCGGCACCGCCAAUCCCACAUCCCCAUGAGCUGUCCCCCAUCAUCUCUCGCGCUCCCAGCGCCUUUGAAUUGCCACAGACCACCUUCGUGGCUCCCAGGGAUGUGCCUCAAAGAAGCCAGACGGCUGAUCCGACCAGAAGAGGGUCCAAUAUGCGCAGCCCAAACGCCCCUAUAAUUGGCCUACCAGCAACUCCCAAGGCCAUGAGACUUCAAUUCCAGACAGAUAAUAGGGGAAAGCCUGGGGUACCACCUAUCCCAGUCUCCUACCGAAGCUCCCCGUCCUCUUCCGGGCAGCCAUCACCCGACAAGCCCGGCAACAACUCGCCAAAGUCUCCUGAGAAAGUGUCACCCGUGACUCUGCUCCCUUCUACUGUCUACUCGCCGCCUUCCCGACCCAACAUCCAGAGAUGCAUGUCCGCUCCUAUCCCUGAAGAACCCCCAGCUCACCCUUCAGUGGGUUUGCCUGCUCACCCCGCUUUCCAGCAAGGAAUGCAGGCUGGCAACCAACCACCUCGAAGGGGGUCGGUUUCGACGAGAAAGAUGAGCGCAGAUGCUGCAGCCGGUAUGCGAGGCAUCGACGAAAUGCUAGGCCGACAUUCAAGAAGGACUUCCCGCGAUGAGGUGCCUCCGCCGCCGCCACCGCCGCCGGUUUUGAGGGAGCUCCAGCACUUGGCUAUGCCCCCUCCUCCGCCUCCAGCACCACUUCCUGGUGCCAGGCCGAGCUACGGAUCUCCUCCGGGCUCGGGCUCCAUCGAGAUCGUCAUGGAUGAGGACGACCAAAGCUCGGCGAUCCCGGCCGCUACACCAAUGCACGAGUCCGUCGUCCCCAUCAUUGCCCCUCCCGCACCACCAUCGUCGCGCAAUGGCCACAACCGCGGGCGAAGCAACACCGACAACAGCAUUGCUGGGCGGAUCAGCCGAGCCACUGAGCGCAUGCGAUCUGGCAGUCGGGGACGAACUAGCUCCGUCCUUGGAAAAGGCAACAAAUCCCCGGAACAAACUUCACCUUACGAGAGUCUGCCGCCUGUGAGCUAUAACGGACAUGCGAGUACUCCCUCUCAGCAGGUCGAGCGACACCCGCGCGAAGUAAAGGCCGCCUACCAACACCAGCAGCAACAACAGACUUUUGGCAACGGACUUCAUCACAGCGAGAUGAUCUAA